GGGACCGCAGGAUGAGUGCGCAACAAUAUUUAUAGUCCUCCGCCAGACCUUACUUCGCCAUAAUACACCAUGAAGAUUGUCUCCGAGUCCGAGCUCAAGGAGCACAACAACGCCACCAUAAAAGGCGCCGUCGAGGGUGCAGCGCUAGGCUCUGCCAUCGCCCUCCCGUCGUUUUGGUUGCUCAACAAGCGGUGGCCGUACUACCGCCAGCUCCCGCUCCCACUCAAGGCUUUCGGCGCGGUCAUCGUCAUCGCCCCCCUUAUUUCUAUUCGCGCGGAGCACGCUGGGCUCGAGUACGAGCGGUCAAAAUGGACUGGAGUGGGCAAGAUGGAGAUCGACCGGCAGGCUGAGGAGGAGAACCGGCGCUGGGCAUCGCUCGGCAUGAAGGACAAGGCCGCGGAGUGGGCUGCGAACCACCAGCUGAGUGUGAUCAGCGGCACCUGGGCGCUCUCGGUUGCAGCGAUCGGGAGCUACAUCAUGAAAGACCCCUUGCAGACGACGCCGCAGAAGGUUGUUCAAGUCCGUGUGUGGGCUCAAGGCAUCACCAUUGGAGUAUUGAUUGCCGCCGCCGUGUUCACUCAUGCACAGCGGAGGGAAGCGGCUGCCAACAAAACGAAGAACAACGACCAUACCUGGGCCCAUGUGAUUGAGGAGCAGCAGCGGGCCAAGGAGAAUGCUAAAGCAGAGUAGAAUGGGCCACUGAUUGGUGUGCACUGAAGACCCAAGUUGUAGGCUACCAUGUAAUGUUAGAUUGUACCUUUGUAUUUAUAGUUUGCGAACUGAUAAUUCGAUACGGUACCAUUGGAUCAAAAGUACCGUCCCAUUUCAUUCUUGUCAGACUGAAUGAUGCUGGCAUGGGUGAGGGCUCAGGCAGAAUCUAUAUCCAAUAAGGCUAAGUAAGGAAUUAAGACACAACGAAGGUCGGACACCAGGAUAUGGGAUAAGUAAGUGUAAGUGGUAUUCGUCACGAGUACGAACUGUGCCUUGAUAGAUAGAUAUACGCUUUUAAGCCUGGCCGUAGAAGCGCCACGCGAAGUAUGCGCC